CGGCGCAACACUUAAUCACCAGCGACGAUGGUCCGACUCACUGCGACGGCGCGCAUAGCUGCGGCCCUCGAAGCUGUACCUGAUUCACAGCGAUCAGAGCUCGGCCUCCCCUCGACACUACAACCGCACGAGCCGAUUACACACGAGCAGCUCCUCCGUCUUGCAAAGUAUCUCCAGAAUGACGCCGCAUAUCAAGCCACUUGCACCACCACCGACAAUCCCUCGACAGUACUCAACACAUUACUGCAAGGGACGAAAGUCUACGUCCCCCCACCCCCAAAGAAACCCGAACCCAGCCCCGAAUACCUCGCCUCAAAGGCACACCUCCUCGCCGAAGCCGAAAAAGCAGCCUAUCAGCGCCUCCUCAAUCCAAACUACACACCAAAUCUAGACUACGCCGACCCCCACGCCUCCUCGUCCGUAGCCGAAGAAGACACCCUGACGCCUAGCCUAGUCUUCAACAUCUUCCUCUCCGUGGUCAUAACCGGGUUCAGCGUAUACUGGGCACUCACGAAAUUCACGAUGCCUGCUAUCCUGGCACGAACAUUCUCUUCGUGGACGGGGCCGGCGAUACAAGAUAAUGACGAAGGGACCGGGGGAGCGUCGGAUGCGGUGCGCGUGCUGAUAUCUUUCUUUGCGGCCUUGUCUGUGGCUGUUGCGGAGGCGUUUUUGUACGGGGCUUAUCUGGAGAAGGUCUCUAGGGCGAGGGCGAGGGAGGGGAGGAUCAAGGAGAGGAAGGUUUUCGUUGGAGAGGUUGAGGGUGAAAGCGAGACUAAGAAGGGAGGGGAGGAUGUGGAUGUCCAUGUGAGUUUGAAUGUGGAUGAGAAGGAGGAGAUUUGGGGGAAGGGAGUUAAUGGGGGAGUGAGGAGAAGAGUACGAGAGAAGUGGGAGAAAGAGAGCGCGAAAGAGAAUAAAGGAUGAUUGAUCCUUUUCUACUUUUUUCGAGGACUUGUAUACUAAAUAGAAGAUAGUCUAUCAUACCGAAGCACUGUUUAACAUAUCAA